AUGCUGGACAUCAACAUCUUCCGAGUCGAGAAGGGUGGCAACCCCGACCUGGUGCGCGAGUCCCAAAGGCGGCGGUUCGCGGAUGUUGGAGUCGUUGACCGGAUCAUCGAGCUGGACAGGAGCUGGAGGAAUUUGCAGUAUCAGUGCGAGCAGCUCAAGAAGGAGUUCAAUGCUCUGAACAAGGAGAUUGGAAAGCUCAGAAAGGCCAAGGAGGAUGCGACCGACCUGCAAGAGAAGUCAAAGACGAUGAAAAAGCGCAUCCAGGAUGCAGAACAGGAGGCUGUAGAGGCAGAGAAGGAGCGUGACCUUGCCCUGGCUUCUGUGGGCAAUCUUGUGCAUGACAGUGUGCCCGUCAGUGAUGAUGAGGCAAACAACGGAGUCCUGAAAGAAGUGGGUGAAAUGCGACAUGAAGACAGCCUGAAGCCCCACAUGGAGUUGGUGCAAAUGUGUGGGAUUGUGAACCUUGAGGAUGCUCAAAAGAUCGCAGGCUCCAGGGCAUACUACCUCAUCAAUGAGGGUCCCUUGUUGAACCAAGCCCUGAUAAAUUAUGGACUUCAGUUUGCCCUGAAGCGUGGCUUCACCCCCAUACAGACUCCUUACUUCAUGGUCAAAGAUGUGAUGGGCGAAUGUUCACAGCUCAGUCAGUUUGAUGAGGAGCUGUACAAGGUGACCGGGGAGGGGGACGACAAGUAUUUGAUUGCCACCUCGGAGCAGCCCCUGUGCGCGCUGCACCGAAAGAAGUGGUUUGAGAAGGAGGACUUGCCAAUCAAGUAUGUGGGGUACUCGACAUGCUUCAGGAAGGAGGCUGGCUCCCGCAGUGAUACACUUGGUAUCUUCAGGGUUCAUCAAUUUGAGAAAAUCGAGCAGUUCAUUGUCUGUUCCCCUGAUGAUGGCGAGUCGUGGCGGCUUAUGGAAGAGAUGCUCACGAAUUCGGAGGACUUCUUCCAGUCGCUUGGGAUUCCUUACCGGGUUGUCAACAUCGUCUCUGGCGAGCUGAAUAACUCAGCGGCAAAGAAAUACGACGUUGAAGCCUGGUUUCCUGGCUUGGGCAAGUUUAGGGAACUGGUCAGCUGCUCGAAUUGCACUGACUACCAGGCCCGGCGAUUGGAUGUGCGGCUCAGGAGUGGGGCCACUGUGGGGGCAGAACAGCAAAAGCUGCACGUGCACAUGCUGAACAGCACCCUGACAGCAACAGAAAGGACCAUCUGCUGCAUCCUUGAAAACUACCAAACCCCUGAGGGCGUGAGGGUCCCAGAGCAGCUGCAGUCAUUCAUGGGUGGAAUGGAUUUCAUUCCUUUCCGGAAGCCCCAGUGA